UUUUCGCAAUGGGUUGAAGGGGUGUUCACAAGCGCUACCGCCGGAGGCAAUGCGUGGUAUCCUACCUUUAUGCGGAACCCACAAUAUGCGCUCGAUGUAAAGCUUGCAGCCGAUUGCGCACUCAACACGAAUAACUCUAAAUUGCGUCUGUCAGUACACGGCUCGAAGGACCUCCCGCUACACGUGCAAAUCGUGUGGGGAGGAGGGGUGAGGGUAUUUGAGCAAGUGGUCAAGGACUCCGGAACAUAUAACUACGGGUUCGGACUGUGUGAAGUUGCAGUCAAGCAGGGAACCUAUACCGUCAUUGUUUCAUCCUUUGAACCCGGUGUUCUUGGACAAUAUAAACUCCAAGUCGAAUGCGCCGAUCCGUUCGAGAUCAAACCCAUUCCGCAAGAAGGUGCGGGUAUGUUCAGUAAGCGAGUGACUGGUCUAUGGUAA